AUGCUCAAAACUGCUCAAAAUAAAAUAAAACUGUGUUCGGUCUUGCCUCUAGCCCGGUUCUGGCUCGACCAGUGCGGUCCGGUAGCUAGUCGGUGGCUCGGGUCAGACCGCAGUUGGCACCAGACGCGCGGCCGCUGUGUUCUGGUGCUGUGGCUGGUCUCAGCCUCGCACUCAGUUGCGCCGAUGGGUAGCUCACGUGCCUAUUGGCACGGUGCCGCCAGCUGCUCCUGUUUGAAAAAUUCAAACGGGCUCGACCUUAGCCCUCUUCUUGCUGGGAAGAAAAACUCGCGGCUUCAGGGGGCCUGUCGCUACAGGACCUGCUGCUCGUGGGUCGUUGGGGCUGAGAUAAAACGCCGGCGAAGGUGUUGCUCGCCGGAGAUGAUGAAGAGGGGCGGAACUUCUCUGACCGGUGUGGGGCUCUACUCGACAGGUCGGCUGCUGCUUACUCGCCGACGGAGGAAGAUGAGGGACGGGGCGCUGGUGAUUUUUGGGGAAAUUUCACGAUGGAGAAUCGACGGGACUGCUGCUGGCGGGAAAGGGUCGCACAGCUGCUGUGCACGUAAUCUGACAUUCAAACGGAGCUCGAUUGCUCGACUUGGAGGAAAAUCUGAUGUUGGAGACGAGAGGAUAGGUUAUGGGAGCUGA